UAAAACUAAUUAAAAUAAUUUAAUUAGUUUUUAAAAGAAAAGAACAGGGAUUAUGGCUGGAAUGUGGAUUUCCAGGUAGAUGCCUGUAGGACAGGCUCAGUGCAGUCAUCCAGUGUAAGCUUCGUGUUUGUCUGCUUGAACUUCACCUGUCCUACCUCGCUAACGUCACCUUGUCCUCUUUCCUAGAAGUUGCUCCUCUGUGAGCUUGGUUUCCAUUCCGGACUUCAGAAACCCUCUUGGACCUGUAAAUAACCCAGCCUGGAGCCUUCCCCAGCCCAACCGCGCACCUCGCAGAGUAAUUUUAAGCUGUGGUUAUUAAUAAUAACCCUGCAAACAUUACCAGAAAGCAUCUUACAGGUGGCCCCCUGGUGUUCACUGUCGGCGGAAGCCCCAGCGGUGACAGAUAAAGGUGUGUCCUGUCAUUAGCGGCAGCAGUUACCUGAGAGCGUCGAGAUUAAAGGGCGCUGCUGGCGGCGUCCACUUAAUCUACAUAAAAAGAAAACAAAAUGGUGGAACAAACAAGACGCCCAAGUCGUGUCAUCGCCCUCCAGGCUGGACCUAGUGAGGUGGACCCUGGCACCCUGAGGAUCAGUGACAGGGUUGCACGGGCCUGUGGCCGCCAGUUGGCUUUAAUCGGUGACCAGCUAGACCGAGAGUAUGCCAGCAGAAUGCCAAACCAGCUUCCGACUCCCUUAAACCUCCUGAGACCUGCCCAGGCACUGACUAGGACCAUCUAUAGGGAUAUUCACAAUCAGUUAGGAACUUUUCGGGGUUUGUCUGCUGCAAUGAAGACCUGGUUAGUGAGCACUGCACCUGGGCAGGGGAUCCUCAGAGUUGAGGCCUUGACAGCUUGGGCAUCCAACUUUAACCCAGUAACCUGCACUGGGUGGAACAGAGGAGCACUUGUUACUGUGGCACUGGUGGCCAUGGUGACCAUUUUCAGUGCACUAUGGACGGAGCAGAAAGCUUAAGGGGGCCACGAGCAGGUCUUCUCAGCCAUGUUUGUCAAAAUAUGUUUGCUAUCGAGUGAGAAUUACUGCUGUUUUCUCUUGCUGUUUACUUUGACUUUUCCUUUUUUUUUUUAAAUAACUGUUUUUAUUGAGCGGUAUUGAAGUUGAAAGUGAGGACAACAACCUCUUUGACAACGCAGAAGAAAAGAGAAGAAAAAAAAAGUAUAAUGUAAAAUUAGUUGGGAGUAAAUUGUUUAAAGGAAAUCUAGCCUUGCCUAAGGAGUUGGCCAGUUUAUUGUAGCAGUGGCAUGUUGAUUCAUGUCAGAAAACAUGUUGACUGGACUGUUGCUGGCUUGCAGUCUUUUGUAUCCAGAUUUGUUUCUUACUGGUUUAAGAGGCCAAAAUUUUUUCAAAUGAUAUGUAGCAUUGCUUAGUGUACAAUGAAGGGAGCUGGACUUUCUGUUCAAGAUUUGAAACUGCUUUUUCAUGUGACGCCAAAUAAACUUCUUAAUGACAAA